AUUAACCUUACAUUGCAUGUUCCGCCGAGUUACCCGUGCACGAUCGACUGCGCAGGUGGACUGCCUUGCGUUAGAUUAGUGGAGGACCAGGAAAUUGCGGAUGUGGGAUCCUGCUCGCCAUCUUCUUGCUCACUGGCUUUCUUUCUUCCCUUCCUUCUUUCUAACUGUGGUCUUUUUCCCAGAUCCCAAGAAUAAUUCUACAGAGCAAGAUAUGCUUACUUUCCAAUCUGGUAAUCCUGAGCGAUCUGGAUUCGAUACACAGGGGGCCUUGCCUGGGCCAAUUGCGACCUUUCGAUCCAGAAUAUUGUACGGCAUGUCACGAUGGCAUCAUCCCAUACCCCAAAAAGAGGGUGUCACAGACACACUGAGAGGUGUAACACAUACAUGGUGGCGAUGGUCGGCCACCGGGCUGAGGAUCCAUGUCCCCGCGACACGGACCCCUUCUCCUCUUUCCCCCCCCCCGUUAAUCAUCCAAGAACAGCAUCUGAGCUACCUAUAUUAGGGGACAAUUAAGACUCUUCGGAUUGGCCAAGUUUGAUUAUGCAUUGAUUGGCAGCAGAGGCAACCACGUAUGUGCUGGCAAGGACAUCUACUAAAUCUUUCUCUCUCUCCCCUCCAUCUACUAUUUUUCCCUCUUAUUCUUGAUUUCUUUCUUUUUGUCUUUUGCCCCCUUUUCUUUUUUUUUUCUUUUUCUUUUUUUCUCUCUUUCUUCUCCCUUCCGUCUUUCAUUUCUUGCCUUGCACCCGUCUACCGUUGAUACCGGCAGCUGGAGAACAUG